AUGUCUGCGGACACUUUGGAUUGUCGUGACUCGGGGGAGGGGUGCUGGUGGCACCCGGUGGGUCGAAGCCAGGGGUGCUGAUGCUAUGAUGCACAGGGCAGACCCCACAACCAGACAUCCGGUCCAAGGGCCAGCAGCGCCGCAGAUUCACGAGGCACGUAAGGAUGACAGACUCAGGAGGGCCCCAGAGGCGCACCCUUUGUUUUCUAUCUACGUUGCUUUCCCAGAAAGUUCCUGAGAAGUCAGACGUCGUGCUUCGCUGCAUGAUAUCUGGUCAGCCCAAGCCAGAGGUAACUUGGUAUAAGAAUGGUCGAGCCAUAGAUGAGUGUGGCAUUGUUUCCAGUUAUGAAUUCUUCCAGAAUCAGUAUAUUCACCUGUUACAUCUCUAUCGCUGUACCCCAGGUGACACCGCUGUUUAUCAAAUCUCUGCUAAAAACUGUUCUGGAAUGAUCUGCUGUUCUGCUUCCAUUGAAGUCAAGUGCUCAGCAGAGAACCCACAGCUCUCCCCUAACCCCAAAGAUGGCGGGGACACGGGUUGGAAACACGCAACAGAGUCAAGCAUGCAGGAAGAAGCAAACCAGCUUGAUGAGAAAGAACAUCCUCGUAGGGGCGAAGAAAGUGUCCCCUCAGGUAGUCCCACGUCAGCUGACUCCGCGUCCUCCACAUUCGGCUGUUCAAGCUCUCUCCGGUUAUUGGCCAAUAAUGACACUGGUGCCUCCGGUUCUGAAAAUCCCUUGGAUGUUAAAGGAGCAAGGCGAACCGAAGAGGCUCGUGAUCCGGAUAGCACGGAGGAAGUUGCGGAUGGGUGGCUUUUUUCUAAAUCAAGUAGUAUUCCCGAUAAGCAACAUGUGUAUUGCCACAGGGCAGUGCAUUCCAAAGGAUCAAGGCCAGUGGAUGGGGCCUUAAACAGUGAUGACCCUCAUGAGGACGUCUUCAAGUCUGGUCAUCCGAAUCCCAGAGUGCAGAAAUACAUUAGCUUCAGCCUACCGCUGUCGGUGGCGGCCACAUCCGAUGGCCCAGGUGACAGGGCCACGAUUCAGCAGCAAGGCAGCCCACAGGUGUCCAGCGAAGACUCUGACAGCGACUAUGAACUUUGCCCAGAGAUAACCCUAACCUGCACCGAGGAGUUUUCAGAUGAUGACCUAGAGUAUCUGGAAUGUUCCGACGUUAUGACGGAUUACUCUAAUGCAGUUUGGCAAAGGGACCUGCAGGGGACUGGGCAGGUUUUUUUAUUAGAAAGCAACGACGAAGAGAUGGAAUUCGGGUCGUGUGGCCUGGGUGGGCGUGAGCAUUUCCUCAGUGAAAUGGGUUGUGGGCCUCGGGUGUCAGAUGACAUGGGGCCUAUGGAUGCCACCAGUGGCUUCUGCGGUAAUCACUCACAACCCCAAGAAGUAGGGGUGAGGAGCAGCCAAGCCUCCACCCACAGUCCCUCAUCCCUGCAAACGGGGAUGAUUCUGACCUUGGGGCCUCACCGGGAUGUAACGUCUACAGUGACAGACCAGGCGAGAUGUAAACUACCCACUGCUUCUGAGGCUGCUGAAAAUGAUUAUCCAGGAAUUCGAAGAGAAACCAGAGACAGCCACCAAGCAGGAGAGGAAUUCACCAGUGACAAUCUGCUAAACAUGGAUAAAGCGGUGACAGAGACGGCGAUGAAGCGUCUGUCUGGUGAGUUAGAAAACUCAGGGGUGGACCAGUGGUUGGAGAUUGCAGCCGAGAAAAAAGUAGGGGACGAGGUUUCAUUGAGCAAGAAGGGCUCCAAGAUACCUGCCGGGGUGAGGCGGCCAGAAACCAAAGGAGAACCCAAGAAGCUGAGCCCCAACUUGAAAGAAAGCACAACAGAGGCCACCCUUAAUCUCCUCUAUCCCAAAGAGCCUGUUAAGCGCCCAUUAGCCCAGAGUGAUAAAAGAGACGGUCCUCAUGCCAAAGCAGAAGCUGUUGAUUGGAAUUCCCAGUUCCGUGCAGGAGAAUGUGCCGUUCCAGCCCAAGCAGAGCAAGAAGCAAAGACCCUGCGAAUUCCCCUGGGCCCACCCCCCCAAGGAGGGAACUCAAACUUCGAGGGAGAAGGGGUGUUGGUCGGUACCCUAUUUGAGACAAGCGGGGUUCCAGACGGCAGUGCUCAUCCUCAGGUGCAAAUUCAGGAACCGGUCAGGGGGAGAGACACUCUCAGCCGGAUGCCAGCUUUCUCAGAGCCUGCUGGGGAGCCGUCUGCACCUCCUGGGACCACAACAAAUUCCUUCCCCAACUCAGGAGGGAUCGACGAAGAAUAUGCAUCAUUGGCCCGAUACCUGGAGCUGGAAAGCUGCACUCGAUGCCCAGAGCACGGAGGCAACCAAGACAGAAAAGACCGCGCACUUGGAAGUUCCUGGGAAGACCUCGGACACGAGCUGAGCAUCCCAGACGCCAGUAGUGAAAACAGGUCCCCCCGGGAGCUGUCAGCGCUUCUCCCCCAGGAGGGCAGCGCUGACCCUGGGGAGCCCAAGCCUCUCUCCGUUGCUUCCCCUGAACCCACAGAUACCAUCACCACCCUGGAAACUGCGGGCGGUGGGCCAAGGGGCAGAGAAGCAGCGUGUGUGUUAGAGCUUCUGGAAGCCCGUGGCCAAAGAACACGGCCGACCACGGACUCUCCUGCCGGAGCCUCCCCUGAGAAAUACUCGCCUCACGAAAUUUGCUCCAUGGACUUAGAGUCGGCAAAAAGUCAAAGCGAAGUAUCCGAUUUACGUUCUCCUGAUGACAAGACGCCGGGCAUUCUUUUUCAGACGCGAGGUUCUGAGCCUCCACAGCCGCCAUGCAAGAGCGCCAAGGAGCGAGACUCCACCACGCCCCCUCUUUUUACCAGUGUUUUCACGUGGAACCUUUCACAAAAAGCCAGUGAAGGGGGCACAGGGAAAAACUUAGCGGCGGUGGAGAAUUUCACCUCCACGUUGGUCUCCGCAGUACGGGCUGGCCAGCAGACGCCCGGCCCCAGCAACUCAGGAGGCCUUGAGGGAAAACAGCCUCUACGUUCUGAGGACAGCUCUUUUGUGCAGUUGGCAGAAGACAGCAACAAGGGCCCCAGUAACGGUGGCCCAGACACCACAGACACAUCAGCCAGGAAUGGCUCAGGUGUAAUGUUUCCUCGUGAGACGCCAACGGCUUUCACCGCUCAUCUGGAGGGUCUUCAGGUGGCCAGGGUGAGUGGGGACACAUGGCCCCCAGUUACCAUGGCCCCCAAAGUUCACCCAGCCAAAUACCUCCCUGUUUCCAUUGCCGAGAACAGUCUUGCAGAUGGACCCAAGGGGAGCUCACCUCAGGCACCAGAUGAAAAUAUUCUCCACCUCACUUCCCAUGCCCAGUUGGGCCAUAUUUUAAAUGGCUCCAAAACCGAAUCUCUAAAGGAGCCCUUUGGCAUGGCUCCCCGUGGACCAGGAGUCCCCAUCCAUGUUCCUCGGCUCCCAGAGGUAGAGGGCUUCUGUAGCAGCCGCCCUCUCCAGACUGAUAACCAGUCUGGAGAUAAGAGCCUGACUGUGGACAGGGCAGACAAUAGGAGCCUUGAAGAGGAUUUCCAAGAAAAAGAAAGUGAAAGAACACAGAGGAUCCAGCACGAGAGCUUACCCCCACCGAGUUUUCCUUCUGAGGGUGGUUUCCAAGAAAGGUGGUCCAUGACAGCUGUUGCACAAGGGGAAAUACACCCAGUGCCCUUGGACCACUUGUCAGCAAACUCCAGGGAGGAGAGCGGGCAGAGCUCAGACCUGGGGCCUACUGUGUGCAAGGCGGCCCACGCCACCGUGGAAGAUGAUGGUCAGGCUCUGAGCCACACUCCACCUCUCUCUGAUAUCUUCCUGGAAGGCUCUAGAGAGAGUGGGCCAGGACUUUCGAAAGCGGGCAGAAAGCUGAAGAUUAUAACUCUGGAAGCUCCCAUUUCACAAGACUGGCUCCCAAGACCACAGACGGGUUCUGAGUGCAAGGAGUUAGAAGCUGGUCCCGUAAUUCCUGACAGGGUCUGGGCUCUAUCUGAUGUUCUCAAGGCUCACAGUCCUCAGGCUGAGUCUGGCCCGGCCCUUGCUAAUAACAGAGAAACCCGUGUCAGUGAAAAACGCGCCAGCCGUGCAUAUUGGAGUAGCCUUUCUUCCCGGUAUUUGAGCCAGCCCAGACUCCUGGAGUCAUCUGUGGAUCCUGUAGACGAAAAGGAAUUACCCGUCACAGAUUUGUCAUCAGAGACUUCCAAAGCCGGAGAGAAGGAAAACGUGAGUAAUGUGAGUCAAAACCGAGAGGAAAACCAAGUCAAGGAUCAUGCUGCCUUCCUUAAACAGUUUCUGACCUGCCCUAAAGUCGUAGAAUCCUCUGUAGACCCCACUGAUGAAGCAGGUGUGAUGGUGUGCACCAGGGCUGGGACACCAGGGCCUUCUGAAUCCACACCGGCUGUCAUCAGAGAGGAGAGCAAACUGAAUGAUGGGAACAUGGGCCAGAGACUGGAAGUCCAACCCGCCAUCUUGCAAGUCCCACGUCCUGACGAAGGUGGGGAAACCAUUCCAAGUAGAUGUGGAAUAAGUCAAAUACAAGAAGGCCGUAAGAGAAGCUUAGGGGAGGCUGAACAAAGUAAAAACAACAAAGCAGAACCUGUUUUCUCCACUUCACCUCCUUCUAACUGUCUUGCAGUGAUGACUCAUGCAUCUGUUGGCGUUGAUAGUCACAACUCCACAGGUCAAGUUCACGACGUCCCCGAGAAUGAUUUAGUUGAGCCCAGAAACCACCAAUAUGCACGUUCUGACUCGAAGGAAAGGGAAGCUGUUGAGAGUGAGUGUGGGAAACCUUCACCCUCUUCUAGUGGUCUCGCUCCGUUGCCCUGUGCUUCAUCUCCCAAAGGAAACACUGCAAACUUCUCAGUAAGCCACACAAUUCGGGAACCUCAAAGAGAGGAGCCCCACACUGGGGAAACCAAGCAUGUGAGUACCUCUGGCUCUCCAGCAGUGACCUCGGCAUCUGGUUCAGGUGAAUGUGCCUCGGAGAAAGCUCCUAAGAUAUUACAGCACCCAUGUCAACAGGGCUCCAACCUGGGCUGUGGGAGAAGAACCAGGGAAGAGAAUCUCGGUCACACGGCAGCCCGGACCCUCAGAUUCCCAAAAGCCCCACCAGCAGGGAGUGGCUCAGAGGAGGUCAAGAAGCCAGAAACCUCAGGGGGUGGACAUUUAGCUGAGGGCGUAAAGAAGAAAAUUCUGUCCAGGGUGGCCGCCCUGAGGCUGAGAUUGGAAGAGAAGGAAAAUGUCCUAAAGAGCUCAAGCUUUCUUAAAAAGAUUCCUAAACUCGAAACACCGGCAUCAUGCACAGAGGAGGAAAAAGACGCAAAAAAGCCACCUUGCAAAAGAGAAGGGAAAGCUCCGAUAUUACUAAAAAAGAUCCAAGCCGAGAUGUUCCCUGACCACUCUGGGAAUGUGAAAUUAAGCUGCCAGUUUGCAGAAAUUCAUGAAGAUUCUACGGUCUGGUGGACAAAGGAUUCCAAGUCAGUAGCCCAAGUGCAGAGAAGGGCAGACGACACCUCGGCUGUGUCCUUGGCCAUCGUCCAAGCCGGUCAGAAGGACCAGGGCAUCUACCGUUGCUGCAUCAAGAACAGUUACGGCAAAGCGACCGCUGAGUUUAACCUUACCGCUGAAGUUCUGAAGCAACUUGCGAGUCAGCAGGAUAUUAAAGGAUGUGAAGAGAUUGAAUUCAGCCAACUCAUCUUCAGAGAAGACUUCCUCAGGGACAGCUACUUUGGGGACCACCUGCGAGGUCAGAUCGCCACGGAGGAGCUGCACUUUGGAGAAGGGGUCCACCGGAAAGCCUUCCGCAGCAAAGUGAUGCAGGGCCUCAUGCCCGUCUUCCAGCCCGGCCACGCCUGCGUGCUCAAGGUGCACAACGCUGUUGCCUACGGGACCAGAAACAACGAUGAGCUCAUCCAGAGGAACUACAAACUCGCUGCCCAGGAAUGCUAUGUCCAAAAUACUGCCAGAUACUAUGCCAAGAUCUAUGCUGCCGAAGCACAGCCUCUGGAAGGCUUUGGAGAAGUGCCAGAGAUAAUCCCUAUUUUUCUUAUCCACCGACCGGAGAACAACAUCCCUUAUGCCACAGUGGAGGAGGAGCUGAUUGGAGAAUUUGUGAAGUAUUCCAUCCGGGACGGGAAGGAAAUAAACUUCUUGAGAAGAGAAUCGGAGGCUGGUCAGAAGUGUUGCACCUUCCAGCACUGGGUAUACCAGAGAACGAGCGGCUGCCUCCUGGUCACGGACAUGCAGGGUGUGGGAAUGAAGUUAACUGACGUUGGCAUAGCAACACUGGCAAAAGGGUACAAAGGAUUUAAAGGCAACUGUUCCAUGACCUUCAUCGAUCAGUUUAAAGCCCUACACCAGUGUAACAAGUAUUGUAAAAUGCUGGGCCUGACAUCACUUCAGAACAACAGCCAGAAACAGAAGAAGCCAGCCGUCACGAAAAGCAGAGUUCAGCCAAACUCCACAACCGUAAAGAAGAUGGCUCCCGGGAGCCCAGCGGGAAAGAAAACCUCGCACCCCCUAUGAACGAACGGCCACCAGCUCGCGGCACAUAGUCUUGUGGGCACACGUCUGAAGACGCUCGAGAGAGAGCACCUAGCCUACAGAGCGCCGGUGGCGGUCCCACGUCCGACUGCCCGUGCCCCACGCUGCUCCCAAACUCAUCGCCUGCUGUCUUCCCUGAGAUGAUCUCGGAGCAGGAUUUGCGACCAGACGUGUGGAGAGGCGAAAUCGACGGUCACUCUCAAAGACAGCCCAGCUUUGUAUCUACUGGCUUCACGUUCUUUGUCUCUUUGUGUGGGUGCACAUGGUUGUGUUGUCAGGGUCUUGGUGCCCUGUCCACAGCUCCCCCCCCCAUUCCUAACCUUGGGAUUUCUAGACGCCUCCAGCUGCUGUAUCAAUAGAAAACGUGAAUUCCUUCAUGGGGUCGAGUUGUCACGCUAGAGUGGAACGUCCUGUUGUUGCCAGAGGUGACUUCCAACAGAAGGGCCGAUUCCCUCAUUAGUCGCACAUCCGGCUAUAAUUCUCUGUGUAAUGAAAUUCACACUUACCCAGAAAGUGGGAGAUGCAGAGAUUAGCACAGACCCUUGUUCUUCCGAAUUGGUGCCAUGUUCCACAUUCCCCCAGGAUUAGCAAUUUGGCCAUUUCCUAAUCAGUGUACCGGAGCACGAAGUAUCUGCAUCCGUGUUCUCUCCGCAGUCUUCCGUCACAGUCUCGGUUCGAUAGGGACCCUGCCCUAUAAACCCGGGGCUGACCCACGUCGGAUCACACCAGAAGGAUCCUGCUGUGUGGAGCCUGCUGGGACCCCCAGCUCCCCGGGGGGCCUGGCCCGUCCCCGCACCCCACAGUCUCCUUUCCUGCCAGUUGGGGUCCUGCCCAGCUGUCGGGCAGAACAGCAGCGACCCACAUCAGGCAGGAAGAAAUGACAUAAAGACCGCUCAGGGAUGGUUUUAUGCACCCCAAACUGAGAGAGAAAACGUCUGCCGCCCCACUGGUUUGUUGUGGUGGUUGUUAAAUUGACAAUUUUUUAGAGCAGCUUUGGGCUUCUGGACAAAUGAGCGGCAAGUAUGGAGGGUUCCCAAACGCUCCCUCACCCCCUACUCCAUCGUUGACCCCUGUUACUAUCAUCAUGCGUCAGUGUGGACAUUCGUCGCACUUGAGGAGCAAAUGUUAUACAUCAUGAGUCAUUAAAGUCCACAGCGUACAUUAGGGUUCACUCUUCGUACAUUCUCUGGGUUUUGACACACGUGUAAUGACACAUAUCUACCAUCACGGUACCCUACAGCGUGGUUCCUCUGCCCUACCGAUCCCCAGCGCCCCACGGAUCCAUCCUUCCUUCCCCCGCCCCCGACUCCUGGUAGCCACUGGUCUCUCACCGUCCGCAUCGUUCUCCUUUUUC